AUGCCGGAAUUCGUGUUGAUCCAAGACGGCCUUUCACGAUUCUAUUCACGAUUAACGUUACACCAGAGACGCGCGCUUGUGGCUGUUCAGGGUGCGAAUCGUGAAUACGGCAGGGUCUGGACCCACACGGCGACAGAAUUAUUUUACAUCCACCAAUCGUCAAUGUGGCUGCACAGUGUUGUUGCAGGCGGUUCGAGUUCCGCUGCUGACUCCACGUCUAUCUGCUGGGCUCGCUGGGCUCGCUGGGCUCGCUGGGCUCGCGAGAGGAGUGCAACACCGGAGAACAGGCGGAGCGCUAAGCUGGCUGGUGUCGACACACGGCGUUCUGUGUCAAUCUAG